CAGAGGGACAGAAGAACACUGAUUGAGACGCUGUGAUUAAUUACUCUUUUCUAAAAGAGAAUCAACGUAAAUAACCAAUCAGAUCAAAGAGAUUAGACGCGAUUGGAAGUGUGUAGCCUAUACACGCCUGCUACCAUCUCCUUACACCUGCUGCAGGUUUCUGGCGUGUUAGUGGUACAUGCAUGGUACUGGAUAAAGGAGUCUGAAGGACCUUUUUGUCCUGUGUGGUGACUGGUGGGUCUCUGUGAAGUGGGAGCCGCCAUCAGAAGACACAGAUAGACAGACAGAGAGAAAGAGGGAGACGAAGUAGGACGAGACGCAAGCCAUGGCAGAUGCACCAAAGAUUGAACUUUUCAUCAAGGCUAGUGAUGAUGGGGAGGGUGUUGGAAACUGCCCGUUCUGCCAAAGACUCUUCAUGAUCCUGUGGCUGAAGGGCGCUCACUUCACACUCACCACCGUCGACAUGAAGAGGGCCCCUGAGGUGCUGAAGGACCUGGCCCCGGGGUCGCAGCCCCCGUUCCUCAUCUACGGCGAAGAGGUGCGCACCGACACCAACAAGAUCGAGGAGUUCCUAGAGGACAAGCUGGCACCACCCCAGUUCCCCAAGAUGGGCUGCCGCUACAAGGAGUCCAACGGCGCUGGAGAUGACAUCUUCCAUAAAUUCUCUGCAUACAUCAAGAACCCAAAUCCAGGCCUCAAUGACAUGUUGGAGAAGAAGUUUCUGAAGAGCCUGAUGAAGCUGGACCAGUACCUUCUCACCCCUCUCCCCCACGAGCUGGACCAGAACCCGGACUCAGCCGAGUCCACACGAGACUACCUGGACGGGAACUCUCUGAGCCUGGCCGACUGCAACCUGCUCCCUAAGCUGCACAUAGUCAAGGUGGUGUGUAAAAAGUAUCGAAGCUUCCAGUUCCCGACAGAACUGGUGGGUCUGACGCGCUACCUGGAGAAGGCCUACAAACGAGAAGAGUUCCGGCACACCUGCCCCAACGACAAGGAGAUCCUGCUGGCAUACCACUCCGUAGCCAAAUACCUCAAAUAAGGCCUUAGAAGGAAAGAAAAAAACAACAAUGGGGCUUUGAUUCAGGUCCAUAAUGACUUAAGAUCAUGGCACAUCUAGAGAGGAUGAGAAUUACGAUGCCCCUGAUCGGUCUUGAUCAGUAACAGGAAUACAAAUAAUGGCUAUAAUAAGAAUGAUAACAAUAUUGUAAUACAAAUAAUAAAUAUUUUCAGGACCAUUUGUGAUGCAGUUUGUGGGCAAGUGUGCUUGUUCGAUUAACAAUUAAAGGAACAGUCCACCUCAUUUCAAGAAAUUGCACAUAUAGAUACCGUAAGUCCCAGUAAAAUAUGAGAAUACAUAGGAUUUUUCAUUUGCAUUGCCAGUGUA